UCUCAGCGUUUCCCACAGUCGGCUGAGCGCCUGAACGCAGCGCGGAGCGUCAUCUGCGUCAUCGUGCUCCAACAUGGCGGCCGCGCUGCCCGGUAGAUGUCGCUUCUUCGUGGAGAAAAAGAAGCGUUUCUGUAAAAUGAUCGUCGCGAGAGGAAAAGUGUUCUGUGGAGAGCACGCGGCCAUGGAGGCAGGCAGCAGCCGGAGGAUUCCGUGUCCUCUGGACCCCAAACACACUGUGAGUGAAGACAAGCUGGAAAAACACCUGAAGAAAUGUAACUCCAGAGAGAAGGCCAAGCCGGUUUAUUAUGUGGAGAACAUAAACGCUGGAUCAGCUGAUGGAGAGACGCUGCAACAGGUGAGUCUGUCUGAACGCAGUCGGGCAGAGUUACAGUCUCUGUUGGACAAACUGAAGUCGGCCGUCACAGUUGUAGGACUGCAGUGUGACGUGGAGGACAGCGUUCUGUCUCAUCCGGUCCUCCAGGAGGAACUCAACAACCCAAAGAACGGAGACUCCGCCCACAAACACCUGAAGCAGCAGUCCUCUCUCUUAGGUCACCUGGAGGCGCUGGGGCUGCUGGGAAGGGGGCGGUGCUUCGUAGAGUUUGGAGCAGGUCGAGGGAAACUAUCUCACUGGAUCCACGAAGCCUUGAAGACUCAAAACCACCUGAAGACCUGUGAUGACCUGCAGCUGCUGCUGGUGGAGCGCUGCAGCACUCGUUUCAAGGUGGAUGGGAAACAUCAGGAAACUGGAGUUCAGUUUGAGCGGCUGCAGGUCGACAUUCAACACCUGGAUCUAAGUAAAGUCCAGCUGCUCAGUCAGAAGAAGCUUCCGUUGGUGGGAGUUGGAAAACACCUGUGUGGAGCAGCGACAGAUCUGGCUCUGCGCUGUCUGUUGGAACCAGGACUCAGAGAGGAGGUUGAACCGCCACGAAAACGCCUCAAAACUUCAGAACCAGAAUCAGCUGAUGAUACCGACCCAGCAGCACUGCCAGAAUCUAGUCCUGGCUCAGACCCUGGUCCUGGUCCGGUGCUGGGCCUGGCGGUGGCGCUGUGCUGCCACCAUCGCUGUGAGUGGCGUCAUUACGUCGGGCAGCAGUUCUUCCUGCAGCACGGACUCGGAGCGGCGGAGUUCUCAGCUUUCUGUCGGAUGUCCAGCUGGGCCACAUGUGGCCUCAGACCGACCAAUCAGGACCCUCCACCUCACGGUCCGACCAAUCAGAGGAGAGACGAUGAGGAGCACGAACCGGCGGAGGAAACAGACGCUGUGAGCGGGUUUCUGUUGGCGGAUGAACGCGAGCAGGUCGGUCGUCUCUGUAAACGUCUGAUUGACGGCGGCAGACUUCACUUCCUGAAGACGAAAGGAUUCAACAGCAAACUGACUCGUUACGUAGAUAGUCAUGUGACUCUGGAGAACGUCCUACUGACCGCCACGCCCUCGUCUCUCCCUGGAACCUAAAGAGACCCACAGACACACUACAGACAGACUACAGACACACUACAGACAGACAGACUACACUACAGACAGACUACAGACAGACUACAGACAGACUACAGACUACAGACAGACUAAAGGUGGACUACAGACAGACUACAGACAGACUACAGACAGACUACAGACAGACUACAGACAGACUACAGACUACAUACGGACUAAAGACGGACCACAGACAGACUACAGACAGACUAAAGAUGGACUACAGACAGACUACAGGCGGACUUCAGGCGGACUUCUGACUACAGACCGACUACCGACAGACAGACUACAGACAGGCUACAGACAGAGUACUGACUAAAGACCAUACAGAAAUCACACAAACCCAACCUGAGUUUCUCCAAAAGUAUUUUUAUUUCGAGUUAAAAUGAAAA